ACAGACAGACAGACCCACGGACGCAAGAAGAAUACCGGAGAAUAAAUGAGACGGUGAAUUCGCGACGGAGAGACGGAGAAAGCACAUUUUGGACAGAGAUUUAGCCACGCCCACAGCUGAAGAUGUCAGACAAUGGGGAAGUAGAGGACAAGCCGCCAGCUCCGCCCAUGAGGAACACCAGCACUAUGAUUGGCUCGUCCGGUAAAGACUCAGGACCGCUGAAUCACGGCUCCAAACCGCUGCCGCCCAAUCCAGAGGACAAGAGGAGGAAAGAGGGAUUCAUACGAUCCAUCCUGACCGGAGGAGGAGACAAGACCAAUAAGAAAAAGGAGCGUCCAGAGAUCUCCCUGCCAUCAGACUUUGAGCACACCAUCCAUGUUGGCUUUGACGCAGUCACUGGAGAGUUCACUGGCAUGCCUGAGCAGUGGGCUCGAUUACUCCAGACGUCCAACAUCACCAAACUGGAGCAGAAGAAGAAUCCUCAGGCCGUUCUAGACGUGCUCAAAUUCUACGACUCGAAAGAGACGUCCAACAACCAGAAAUACAUGAGCUUUACAGAUAAAGGUGUGGAGAACUUCAACUCCUCCAGCGCAGUGGUCCCCAAAACUGUGUCUGAAACGCCCGCCGUCGCCACCGUCUCCGAGGAUGAGGACGAGGAAGAGGAUGAAGCCACGCCGCCACCCGUCAUCGCCCCCCGGCCAGAACACACCAAAUCUAUCUACACCCGCUCCGUCAUCGAGCCUCUUCCUCCUCCGCUCUCCACCAAAGACGCCGCAACUUCACCGAUCACGAACGCAGCCGCAGACGGAGGAUCAUCCAGCAAUGCGCCUUCAUCAAACACAAACACCACAAACACAAACACCACCAACACCACAAACACCACCAACACCACCUCCACCAGCGCCGCCUCCAGCACCAACGCUCCAUCCACUCCACAGACCACAGACAAGAGCCGCAAGAAGAAGAUGAGCGACGAGGAGAUUCUGGAGAAACUCAGGAGUAUAGUCAGCGUCGGCGACCCGAAAAAGAAGUACACGCGCUUUGAGAAGAUCGGCCAGGGGGCAUCUGGAACCGUCUAUACAGCCAUAGACAUCGCUACAGGACAAGAGGUGGCCAUCAAACAGAUGAACCUGCAGCAGCAGCCCAAGAAAGAGCUGAUCAUCAACGAGAUCCUGGUCAUGAGGGAAAACAAGAACCCAAACAUCGUCAACUACCUGGACAGUUAUCUGGUUGGCGAUGAGCUGUGGGUGGUGAUGGAGUAUCUGGCUGGAGGCUCGCUGACGGAUGUGGUGACAGAAACCUGUAUGGAUGAAGCACAGAUCGCAGCCGUCUGUCGGGAGUGUCUGCAGGCUCUGGAGUUCCUGCACUGCAAUCAGGUGAUUCACAGAGACAUCAAGAGCGACAACAUCCUGCUGGGGAUGGACGGCUCCGUCAAACUCACUGAUUUCGGCUUCUGCGCUCAGAUCACUCCCGAGCAGAGCAAGCGCAGCACAAUGGUCGGGACGCCCUACUGGAUGGCGCCGGAGGUGGUGACCCGCAAGGCUUACGGGCCCAAAGUGGACAUCUGGUCUCUGGGCAUCAUGGCCAUCGAGAUGAUCGAGGGCGAACCGCCCUACCUCAACGAGAACCCACUCCGGGCUCUGUAUCUGAUCGCCACUAAUGGGACGCCGGAGCUGCAGAACCCAGAGAAGCUUUCUGCUGUAUUUCGGGAUUUUCUAAACCGCUGUUUGGAGAUGGACGUGGAGAAAAGAGGCUCUGCCAAAGAGCUCCUACAGCACCAGUUCCUGAAGGUGGCCAAGCCUCUGUCCAGCCUCACGCCCCUGAUCAUAGCGGCCAAAGAGGCAGCAAAAAACAACCGCUAGACCCUGCGGGACGCUACAGCCCGGCCCCACCCGUCCUCCACCCCGACCCCGGAGCGUCCCGUCAGCCGUCUGUCUCUCCGCUGCUCUCCAAUGAGGCUCUGAAUGAUCACACCACUGGAAACAAAGGGCCACAGCGCGUCAGGCCCAAUGCAUUAUGGGGGAAAUCGCCCUGUUUCUCACUGGCUGACUCUCUCUCUCUCUCUUUAUCUCUCUCUGGGUCUCGCUGUCAGUUCUUCUGUUUGCUUUUUUUUGUGUUUAAUGCCUGUCAUGGAAACACGUGUUUUCAUGUGCGUCAAAUUUUUUGGUUCAUUUUAUGACGUUUUUUAACUUUAUGUGUGUGUGUGUGCGCGUGUGUCAGAGAGAGAAUGUGUGUGUGUGUGUUAGAUUAGAUGAGAUGGCGACAUAUGCGUGGCACGUUUGUACGCCGAUCUCGAUGACGGAGAAAUCUCUACACGUUUUUUUUGAUAUGGAAACAUGAUAAUCUGUAACAGACUAUUGAUUAAGGUACUAUGAAGGAUGCCUGUGCAUGAAGAGACUGCAUUUCAUAUGAAGAAACGACCGCCUGAGGUCCGUUCUGUCCCAUAAUCCCUCUCCAACAUGGCGGAAAUUCAACAAAACAUCACUGUGCUUUGAUGUUUUGCUUCGACACAAAUGUAAAUGAAAUUCAGAUGCGUUCCUGUACCCUUCGGCCUUAAACUGUGACAUGAAUGGUACGAUAUUAUUAUUAUUAUUAUAUGGUACAACGGCACAAACCAAGACGACUCAAUCUGACGCCAUUUUGAUUGGUUGGUUGAAUGGACGGACGGGGUUUGUUUAGAGAAAAUCUUUCCUGUAAGCAAUCAGAGUCUCUGCGAGCCAUAAACUGUUUAUAAGGCCUUUUGAUGAAUCCGAAUUCUUAAAGUAAAUGGGACGAAUAAACUUCAGAAUUAAGCAAAGA